GUACGCACUACGGCGGCUCAGGGUCAUGAGCUGACCCGGCCGCGCGCGCCACAGCCACCACCGCCGCCGCCGCCACACGCAACAGCGAAUCGCGUCAGCCACCACCGUCGUCGCUGCUGCUGCCGCCGCCGCCGCCGCCGCCGGGUCGUCGUCACUUCGGCUGUCAACCCGACGACGAUACCGCCGCGGUUGCCACCGUCGCCGCCUCCUAAGUCGACCACGUGUGCCAAUUAGUCACACAGCAGUGAUGUUGAGCCCGAAGAUGCAAAGAUGUGUCCGGGUGGUAGACAAUCAGCUCCUGAUGUUGUCGGACCGCGCCCGUACAGAUAGCACACUCACCGGAAAUCUACACAAAAAAGCGUCAGACAGUGGGAGGUGGAAGAACCGAUUUUUCGUUCUCUACCAGAAUAUACUGUUCUAUUACGACUACGAGAGCUGCAAUAAGCCGUCCGGAGUAAUACUGUUGGAGGGCAGUUACUGCUCGAAACUCGAUUUCUCCAGCGGUACGUCGAAAGUCACCGGGAAAAUUCAUCCGGAAAAUGAGCACUGUUUCGUCAUUUCAUACAACCAUCCUCAAAUGCGGCAGUACGAGUUCCGUGCGUCGUCAGAUACAGCUUGCAAGACGUGGGUGAACGCUUUGAAGCAAGCCAGUUUCAACAAAUUGCUGCUACAAAAAGAGGAGCUCGAACAAAGGCACUUGCAUUUGCUACAGGUCGUCGAGAGCGAAAUGACUGCGAAAUGGCAGUACGCCCAACAGGUCGAUGAAUCGGCCUCAGAAAUCAAAAAACUACGCGCAGAAGUGUUAACAUUAAAGAAGGAGCUGCGACCGUUGACAUCGUACAGCGGGUCCACCACCGGAUCGUUCGACGGUGGGACGACGGGCACGUACUCGCGAAGACAAUCCAAGGACAGCUUUAUAUUCUCGGACCCGACCACGUUCAAUGUGCAGGACUCGAUCGAGAUGCGCAAGAUCAAAAAGGUGCAGAGCUUCUUCAGGGGGUGGCUGUGCAGGAGGCGGUGGAAACAAAUCGUCGAACAGUACAUCAAGAGUCCUCACGCCGAGAGCAUGCGCAAGAGAAACAGUCUGGUUUUUCGCAUGGUCGAAGCCGAAGAAGAGUACGUGAGCCAGCUGGAGGUGUUGGUCACUUGUUUCCUGCGCCCCUUGAGGAUGGCGGCCAGCUCGAAGAAGCCGCCGUGCACUCACGAGGACAUAAGUUCGAUAUUCUUGAACAGUGAGACAGUGCUGUUCCUGCACCAGAUAUUCUACAAGGGACUAACGACCAGAAUGGAAAACUGGCCAACUCUAAUCCUAAGUGAUCUCUUCGACAUACUACUGCCUAUGCUGACGAUCUACCAGGAAUAUGUGAGAAAUCAUCAUUACAGCUUACAAGUGUUAACCGAAUGCAAACAAAACCCUGCAUUUGUUAACCUUUUGGAGCGAUUGGAAAACAAACCAGCAUGCCAUGCACGGUCAUUGGAAAACUUCUUAAUAGUACCAAUGCAUCAGAUUCCUAGAUACAUAAUAACUCUUCAUGAGAUAUUAGCACAUACGCCUCACGACCAUGUGGAAAGAAAAAGUUUGCAAACGGCCUGUCAGAAACUAGAAGACUUAAGCAGACAAAUUCAUGACGAAGUUAGCGAAACUGAAAAUUUACGAAAAAACCUUUCCAUCGAACGAAUGAUUAUCGAAGGCUGUGAUAUUCUAUUGGACGUCAAUCAAAUAUUUGUCAGACAGGGUACUCUGGUACAAAUGCCAAUAGCUAGAAAAAAGAGCAGGAUACCUCAUUUUAAAACUGAAAAAGAAGCAGUAAGACAAUGCUUUCUAUUUACGAACCAUAUGAUAAUCACAACUAGGACCACUAGUGGAAAAUUACAUUUGGCACCUGAAGUUGGAAAAAUAUCUUUAGCAGACUGUCGUUUAAUAGAAGACCCUAAUGAUAAAGAGGACGACAAUAAUAAUCCAGGAGACCUGGAAAUUCCAGAUGGGAACAACGAAGCUGACGAUUCAGCGGGUACCAGUCAUUCGAGUGAUGUUGAGAAUAGCGAUUGUGAAGGCUUGAAAUGUUCAUCUAGCCCAAGUCCAAGUCCUAGUCCGAAACCACAAAAUUAUGAUUUUCAACUUUGUGUUGAUUGCAAAUCGUCUUCGCCUAUUGCAGUGCAUUUGUAUGCACCCUCUUUACAAGAAAAAACUGCGUGGGUCAGUGAUAUUAGUCAAUGUAUUGAAAAUCUAAGAUUUGACGCAAUGCUUCGAAAUUCAAUGUCAGAUACAUCUUCUGUGACAAUGCCAAACUCAAUGCGUGAUCCAAAGCUUUUUAAAGAUGACAAGGAUAUAAAAUUUAGCAAAUACUACAAUUCUUGUAGGAUUCCGCGUAUUCACCAUGCUACUAAAGAAAAACUCAUAUCUAGACUUGUGGACUUAAGAUUUUUAUCAAUUGAUUUUCUCAAUACAUUUCUUCUUACGUAUAGAGUUUUUACUGACGGAGUUACCAUUUUGGAAGCGUUAAAAAAGGUGUUUUAUAACAAUGAAGUAGAUGCAUAUGAAAAUAUUGGACAACCUAUGAAUAACACGUCAUUAGAUCGAAGUGAAUUGCACAACAACCAUCAUCUCACAACAGGGGAUAGAGACAGAAGACCCAGCGUCAUUUCGUCAAACCGAAAGAAUAGUGCCGCCAGUUCUGUAUCCGGCUACGGAUCAGAAGUCAGUGACCGAGAUAGAAGUUCCAGUGUGGAUUAUCAGCAUAGUCCGAGAGGAAGAAAAUAUAGUUUUCGAAAACUUGAAGAAGAGGAAAGAAAAAAUAAAGUAAAAGUGUCUGAAGAAUACAGUUCAACGACUAGUUUAUACCAGCAAGCUUCUGCACCUGGACGAAAAGUCAGCAUACUAAUCGAAGACACAGGUGACAAUUGUCAUUUAGCCCCUCCUACUAUGGUUAAAGCAACUUCAUCAUCUAGUAAUGAGACUCUGACUGGAGAUAACCAACCUACAGUAGUUGCAACAUCUCCAUGUAGCAAUAAUAGUAGUUCGACCUUAGUAGCUGCGACUUCUAAUUGUGAGAAAAGUCUUAAUGACAAUAAAAUCAGUAGUUUGCCAAAAGUAUCUCCACCGGAACGUAAAAUACAAUCACCUUCAAAAGGUUUCCCCAUUCAUCACGGACAUGCGAUCAAAUUUGGGUCCAUAAUAUCAGAUGCCGCUAAAGAACUCGUAGAAAAAUUCCAUUCAGAGAAGCAUUUUUCCACCCCACAACCCCGUAGAAGAAGUUGGUUCAAUCACGAUUGUACUCCAACUAUAAGAAAAAAGAGUUUUGGAGUUUGCGAGGACGAUAUGGGCGGCACUGAUGAAAACGGAUGGCUAAGUAACCUGCAUAGUGCAUCAUCAUCAAGAUCAGCUUCACUUGCAAACUCCAGCAUUGCACAAUAUUUUUCUAGAAGAAAAUCAUUUGCAUGCGCUGGUGAUGCUGAUGGCUGUUACAGUGGAAGCAUAUCACAGAGAGCUAGCAUGCAACACGAUAGCCCUCCACUAUCUAGUCGAGUCGGUGUUGUAAUAACGUCAUCGAGACAAUCGAAAAGAAGAACUGGAAGGCCGGAGUUUGGGAGCAGCACGUCUACUGCUGCUGCAGCGUUUGCUAUUGCAACGUCAGCUUCGAGUAACCCUCGAGAACUAUCUCCAUUACAUGAUCAAAGAUGUUGUUCGGUAGAACGAAAAAGAAAAGAGUCUGUAAUGUCCACAGCAGCUACGAUGAGGGUGUUAAAUGUCUUAAAACAUUGGAUAUCAAAACACCCACAAGAUUUUGAAAAUGAAACACGUCUCAAGAACAUGACUAUAGACUUUUUGGAAGACAUACUCUUCAGUCCUAAUCUUUUACCAGCUGAGCACAAAAUAGCUGGCCAAUUACUUAGAUUGCUUACAAUGGACGAAACAAAAAAACCUACUGUCGACCUAAACUUGCUGUUGACUCCAUCACAGAUUCCUAGUUCUGAAAAUAUUGACACUUUGUCUGCAUUAGAAAUAGCUGAACAAAUGACUUAUAUUGACCAUCAAAUAUUUAUAAGAAUACAAAGCCAGGAAUUUUUCGGCCGUGCUUGGAUGAAGGACGACAAAAACAUGAAAGCGCCUCACAUUAUUUUAAUGACCAAGAGAUUUAACGAGCUUUCGCAGUUGGUCGCUUCGGAAAUAAUGCGUAAGAACAAUGUGGCCGCAAGAGUGAUAGCAAUAGAAAAGUGGGCUGCAGUUGCUGACAUAUCUAGGUGUUUGCAUAAUUUUAACGGAGUCCUACAAAUAUGUUCAGCUUUUACCAAUAGUUCGGUGUUCAGAUUGAAGAAAACUUGGGAGAAAGUUUCAAAAGCUACAAAACUAUCGGUACAAAAACUUCAGAUAAUCGUCUCGUCUGACGGAAGAUUCAGAAACCUUCGCGAAGCUCUGCACAGAUGUGAUCCACCAUGUAUUCCGUACUUAGGGAUGUACCUAAGUGAUUUAUCGUUUUUAGAAGAAGGAACUCCCAGUUUGGCAGACGACGGGCUACUUAACUUUUCAAAAUUACGUAUGAUAGCGCACGUGGUACAAGAAAUCCGACGGUUUCAGCAGACUCCGUACAAGAUCGACUUCCACCCUCGGGUGGCCAACUACCUGUUGGACACGUCGCUGCUUUUGAACGAGGACGAGCUGUACACCAGGUCCCUGGAGAUCGAACCCCGGCCGUCACGGCUCAGCAUCACGACGCUGUCGAACUCGCCGCACCACGGCGGUGGCAGCCAAUGACGGCGGUGCAGCGCCAAGAGGAAUCAGACCACGUGCUUCAAGUGAACGAUCGACGCGACUGACACCAGCCCGAGGGCGACGGCGGCGAGCGAUUGCGACUAUUUAAUAAAUAAUCGUUAUAAAUAGUGUCGUCUUCAAUGUUAUAAUAUUAUCAUUACCUCUUGUCACUAUACUGCAGUGUAAUAAUAAUAUUAUUGUCGUACGGUGACGAUAACGACUAAAUUAUUAGACGUGAUUCGCGGGUGGAGCAGAUAGAUGGACGGCGAGGGAGAAUCUGUUUUCUCAUCUCCGACGACAAUCAUCGUUUCUCUCACCGCCACCUCACCACGGUCGACACUGUUUUAUCGCCGCCGCCGCCGCCGCCCCUCUCACCCCGGAAGGAAUAUUAUUAUGUUCCCAGUGACGAGCGAGUGUCUUCCGCACGCGUGAUCAGCGAAUACAAUAUAUAUAAUUAUCAUUAUUGUUAUACUAUUAUUAUAAUGUCCUUCCGGCGGGCCGCCCCGCUCAGUUUACGUAUGCACAACGAGUAGAUAGGUAGGUAGUAGG